ACUCUUGCAGAAGCCGCAGCUUGCCUCAGUGUGUUUUUGGAGAUUACUUUGCCUCCCCGAAAAACCUUCACCAUGGUCGACGCCUUCUGUGCCACUUGGAAACUGGUCGACAGUGACAAUUUUGAUGAGUACAUGAAAGCGCUCGGUGUGGGCUUUGCCACCCGGCAGGUCGGUAAUGUGACCAAGCCGACCGUAAUCAUCAGCCAGGACGGUGACAAGGUGGUGGUUCGCACCCAGAGCACCUUCAAAAACACAGAGAUCUCCUUCAAGCUGGGAGAGGAGUUUGAUGAAACCACCGCUGAUGACAGGAACUGCAAAUCCACGGUGACCAUGGAUGGAGACAAGUUGGUCCACGUCCAGAAGUGGGACGGCAAAGAGACCAAGUUUGUCCGGGAAAUCAAGGAUGGCAAGUUGGUCAUGAAUCUGACCUUUGACGACAUCCAUGCGGUGCGCAGCUACGAGAAGGCGUGAGCGCUGCGACAAGCAUCCCAACCCGGCCAAGAAGUGUUGAUUUUAUAAUUAUUAUUGACUGUAUGCUUCUCUUUGCACUUCAUCCUCCUCUACAUGUACACGGCCUGCAGGCUGCGCAUGUUUUGUAAUUUUUUUUUUAAUAUGAAAACAUUUCUGUCAUUAUGAAUGGAUCGUCUUUGCAACCAUGUGAAAGAUGAAAUUAAAGGAAAACACAGAGAGUAAA